UUUUUUUUUUUUUUUUUUUUUUUUUGCUAUUGUCGUAAAUCAGGUUUCCUGUUCAUUUACCACCAGUCUUGAAUAGCAGUUCUUGGGAAGAAGCUGUUCCCAUAAUUUGCCUCGUUGGCCAUGGCGGGACUUACCCAAUUUAAGUUCAGGACGUUUGCGGAUACAAACGACUUAAGGGUUCAUUAUUAUUUCUUUGGAGUUGCUCAUGGGCUGAAUCUCUUACUCAUUUCACCACCACGGCGAUUCACAGCAUGGAAGACGACUUUCCAUUCAGCUUUGGGAACGUCUCAGACCAGGACGAGGGUUCGGAUGGCUUAUUUUGCGCGCUAAAGACGAAAGGUAACGGGAAAAGGACAAAGGCACCUGUCGAUCAGGAGCCCUAUUACGCCCAAAUUGACGAGGAUGGGUGGUUCCAUCGUACAGGCAAAUCCGUGCGUGAACUCAUGCUACAUGACAAAAAUGGUGCCACCAAGGUCAAAAUGCAGGCAGAUCAUUGCUACAUGCUACACAAGUAUCAGGACGCAUACGACAUUGCACAGGAAUAUUGUUACAUCAUCGCACGGAACGAUUUGGGCGCAGCGACAGAAAGCAGGGAGGUUCAAUCACCCAAGACAUGUGCUGACAAGACUGGAGUGCUCAAAGUGACGGACUCGAAAGAGAUGCAGGAGAUGGCCCUUCGAUGUGCCGUGAAGCUGGGGAAAUUCGUCGAAGCUGAAGCAUUGGCUGACGAUCUGACCUUGCAGGAUAUUGGCACUUUGUUUCUUAAGGCAAGGGUGUAUAUGGCAGUUGGUCGAUACAAUGACGCGGCCUUGAUGUUAGUGCAGUAUCAGAAGACACGGAGCAGUAACUAUGCUAUUUGGAGGACCCUUGCAGAAUGCUUGCAUGAAUCUGCUGCCACAGCGAGUGUAGAGUCAGGUUCAGCGCCAGAAACUGCAUCGAAAUUAUCGUCAAUAUCGCCCAGGAAGCCAAGGAUAUUGUCUAUCCUGGCAUUGAUCAGCAUUUUGCGAGCUCGACAUUUGAUGCGCGUGUCUAAUUGGUCCUCAGUAGACUACGCUCAGGCGCGCUUUAAGAAGGAAAUGAAUGUUCUUGAACAGCAGCUACAUGCUCUCGAACAAGCAUGUGAUCUUCAAACAGACCGUACAGCGGAUCGAACCCUUGGAGGCGAAAAAUGGAACUCAGUUGAAUUGGAGAUGCAGUCAAGAGUACAGGAAUAUGAACGCAUGGUUGUCAUGCCUGCUCAGGAAUUAUUACAGAAAAUGAAAGCGAACGGAGGUCAGCAAUUAGACAGCUCUGAGGGGAUUUUUACAUUCGAGGUCAUAGAAUUUAUUGUCGGCUCAUGGGAUCCGCAGGUUCUGGCAUCCGCAUUGUCUUCAGGGACCACUGCAGAAGAGGAGGGCGAAUUAUUGGAAGUGAGUGUUCGAAAUAAAUAGAGAGGCAGCUUAUCAAAAUGAUAAAAGCCCUGAUCAAAGCUUUUGCAAGGGUCGCUCUGAAUAAAAA